CUCCCCCCUGUUAUCCCCCAGUUUACCUUCGGACGAGCCUGUAAUGGACUCCUCCAGUUCUCCCAGCAACCUGGACGGAUUUUGAGAAUCGUUUGCAUUUUUAGCUCCUUCCUCAGAUUUCCUCCUCUUUCAAGUCAGCAGGAUGGCUGAAAAGGAGCCCGAAUCGCCUGGAAAACUAAAGACAUUAUUAUAGCCAGUAUUGGCUCUUUCGGAAUAGGGGGCCUAUCCGAACGGACAAUUUCUUUUCUCAACUUUCCCCGCUGUGGAUAAUGGAUGGCAGAGAUUUUGGACCUCCCCGAUCCGUCCACGUACCACCUCCGCUGUUGGCGGGGCUCGCGAUGGAGUCACACCGACUCGGAGCAGCAGCAGCAGCCGGGAGGAUCCCUCCCUCACCCGGUCACUUGGGCGCGAGUCAUCCGCCGCCUCUCCACUCCGGAAAAUUCAUGCCAUCGGCCAUUAACCUACAUCCACACCACAGUGAUGCCUUCCCGACAGGCUCCAGUCCCUUCCUGUCAGGUUUUCCGGGCCCAUCCCCCUUGACCUCAGACCCCGCAUACAGAUCGGCCAACCCCAGCAGUCUGCAGAUGGCGCAGCUCUGGGCUUCACAUGCUCAUGAAGGCUACCCUCCUCUGCCGAGCAGCCUGUACUCCAGCCCCUACCUGUCCCUGGGGCACCUGGACCCUCCCUCACUCUCCCAGCACCCCCUCUACGAGUCUCACAAAGAGAGUUUUUACCUGCCGGCCUCUUUGAGCCACCCCCCAUCUGCUCCCCCGACCGCCCCGUCCAGCUCCACACCCCCUCAAAGGACGUCCCGAGACGGGGGCAGGGACAGGGACAGGCCUUACCGAGGGGAGAGGGAGAGAGAGCGGGACAGAGAGAGGGAGCGGGAGCGGUUGAGAGAGGAGCAACGGCCGCACAGCGUGGUGGACCUGACGCAGGACGGGAGGAGUGAGGAGGAUCGCAGGACGAGGAGCGGCGACCGGGAACGAGAGAAAGAGAGGGAGAGGGAGCGGGACAUGGAGAGAGAAAGCUGGUCCUUCCAUCAUCAUCAUCAUCAUCACCACCACCAGCAGCAGCAGCAGCAGCAGCAGCAGCAUCAGCAGCAGCAGCAGCAGAAGUCACACUCCCACUCGUCCACAGUGGAGCCCAGGUCCAGACCGUCACCUACACAGCCCUUCCUCCCUCCAGGUGGGGGCGGAGGUGUGGGCAGGUUCCUCGGACCAGAAACAGACAGAGGGGGUCGGGAGGAAGAGAGUGGCUCCCGACCCCACCAUAACUCUAACGCUAACUCAAACAACUCACACUCUCACUCAGACAGACAAAGGAGGAACGACUCUGUGGCCACGGCAGCUGGGACGCUCCACGUCUCCUACGCCCUUCCUCCCGCGCUACAGCCCUCCACCGCUGCUCUGCCUCAACCCCCCACGCCCAGAGAUUCUAUCAGAGAGCAGCGAGUCAGCGCACCGACAUAUGUGCCUUCUGUGGAGGUUUACGACGAGCGGGCCGGGCCUAUCCAGAUCGCCUCGCAGGCCCGCGACAACAAACACAGAGAAAGGGAACGGGAAAGAGAGCGCGAACGGGAACGGGACAGAGACCGGGAACGGGAGCGAGACAGAGACAGAGACAGAGACAGGGAGAGGGACAGAGACAGGGAGAGGGAGAGGGAGAGCUACAGGUUUCCUGAGAGGAGCCUGAUAGAACAUCCUCGACUCUCCCAGUCUGGCGAUUCAGGCAAUCAAAGAGAGGAAGGUUCUGUCAUUUGUUCCAAUGGUUCUAUUGGUAAACGAGGUCAGGACGCGUCUUACUCGUCCAGUCAAUCACGGUUCAGUCCAGACGCCAGGGACAUGUCUAAACACUCGCUUCGAUUGGGCAUAGAACGGCCGGGGGCGGAGACUAAGUGGAACACCAUCAGCCCAAUGGCCAACUACGCCACGAGUCACAUGGCUGCCCUUGCAGCCCAACACGGACACACACUCUCCUCCCCCCACAGCCAGCCGACACACACACAAAUGUCCCACUCCCCUCACACAGCCCACCGGCCCAACAACCACCCCCCCCACUCCCACAGCCAUUCCCCACAAACACACCCCUCCCAACACGGACACGGGCGUGCAGGUGAGGAGGGGAGUCAGAGACGCUACCUGGACCCGUCUGCGCUUUACCGACCAGGAGGGUCCAGUGGCGGGGAGCGAGGCGGGGAGCGAGGUGGGGGGGGCAGCAGCUCAGACCCCACAGAGGUUUCAGCCAUGCAGAGUCUGAUUAAAUACAGUGGAAACUUCGCUGCCGAAGGUCCCGGAUCCUCCAGGCUCGCCGCAGACAACCGAGGGCCCUUCGGCGGUCUAGGUAGCAUCAGAAUGGACGCUGAAGGAGAGAGAGAGAGAGAAAAGGAAAGAGAGCGGGAGAGAGAAAGAGAGAGGGAGAGAGACAGGGAAAGGUUAGCGGUAGGGUCAGGCGGGUCCGGGGCGUUGAGGGUGCCCCCGCAGCUGAAGAGAGAGCAGGAGCGGCCGGACAGCGCCCGCUCGUUCGGUCGGGAGGGGGAGGGCGAGGUGCGCCACCCUCCGGUCGGCAUCGCCGUGGCCGUGGCCCGGCAGAGAGACAGCAGCAGCACCAGCAAACAGAACAGCGGACCCUCAGACACACAGAGACCCCUGCUGCAAACUGCUAUUAAAGAUGAGGAGCGAGGUGAGGAUCGUGCGCGCCACCAUGAAGACAGACUGCUUGCAGGCCGGCUCGAACGUGAGCAGGAGAAAGUGCUCAGAGAGUCCAAGGAGCUGGCAGAGUUUACCCAGAUGCACCCUGCCCCACUCUCUAGCGGCCUGACACCCAGUAUGAUGACACCCAGCCUCAUGACCCCCAACCUUAUGGUGACAGGAGGGGCUGCCCUGGCAGGGGCGGGACGCUGGCCUCCCGACCCUUCAACUCUGACCUCUCACCAUUGGAUGCCCCGGCCUGGAGCCCCUCCAGUCUGGCUCUCCAGCUCACCAUACAGCCUUGGUCCUUCUUCAAUGCACCAGACCCUCCCCCAUGGCUACCCACCCUCUCUGCCAGGCUCCAUACCCCCUCCCUACCAGUUUGCCAGGGACCCACAGUCUGGACAGCUAAUAGUCAUCCCUACUGAACACCUGCCACACUACGCAGGUGAUGUGCUGGAGCGCGGAGCCCCGGUGUGGUCGGGGAUGUACGGUACAGGCAGCUCGCUGCAGCACGCAGCCCAGCUCCAGCUCCUCUCCCAGCAGCAGAUGCUCCGACAACAGGAGCUGCUCAUGAUCCAGCAGCACACAGCGCAGGUCCUGGAGCUGCAGAGGAACGCACAGCUAGUCGAGCGUUUGAAGGCCAGCGAGCACCGGUCGGAGAUAGAAGACAAAGCAGACAAGCGGAACGCCGACCCCAAACCCCGCCCCUCCUCCAUAUCUUCCCCGUCUCCCUCGCCCGUCCUGCACCCUCGCAAGCCUCCCCCUUCGUCUCGCUCGCCAACCCCCUCUACGUCCUCCCUCACCCCGCUGCCUCCGCUCCCCUCGCCGGUGACCACGCUCAAGUCAGAGGAGGGGGCGCAGAGAACGUUGUCUCACCCACCGACGCCCCUGCCUCACCCGCCAUCCCCCCGCUCAGCCUCGCCGCCCCCGUCCUCGCCGCGGCGGCCUAAACAGGAGGCGGCCGAGGAGGGGGAGGUGGUGGGGAGGAGGGAGCAGAGAGAGGGGCAGAAGCCGGCCUCUGCGCCCUUUCAAGGCCUCUACUCUGAUGUCCCUCCAGGUUACCCUUACCAGUCCAUCACUGCCCCAUUCGGCUCACCUUUCCCUCCGUAUCACAUCCCAACACCCACAGCGGCAAACACUGAAGUCGUCCCGCCUCAUCGCUCCCGAUCUCCGGCCUCUCCUGUCCCUUUACCGUCAGCCCACCUCCAUUCAAGGCUGCUGGACGCAGACAUCAAGCCACAGAAACUCGAGGCAUCAAAGACGGGGUCUUUCCUCAAACAGGAACCCGGCUUGGAACAGCAUCAGCUGGACAUGACGCCAGAACCUCUGGGUCCUCUUCGUCGGAGCCACAGCCCAGUCCGAACCAGCCAGGACAGAGAGGAAGACAGGGAAGCCCAGAAGCCUCAGCCGCUAGCUCUGCACGCGCCCAGUCCUCCACCACAGCAAGGCAAGAGACUGGAAGAAGUCAGAAAGGAUGAGAAGGAAGGAGGGCAAAUCAAAAUGGAAGUGUCAUCUUACUCAUGUCAGGCAGCGUAUCCUCUCCCUCCUCCACUGGCAGGAGCCGAGCCGAAAGCAGAGGUCAUCAAGGAACCGGAGCGAACGCGAUACCCAUCAUGCAUCAUUACAGACUCUGACAGCCAGGAAUCAGCUCCGAUGUGUGGGUCACUCGAGCAAGCCGCCAGCGUGCUCUGUGAACCACCACGGUCAGACACUCCAAUACGCUCACACACUCCCAACCAGAAAGAAAUCGCCACCGAAACUCCCGUUUACCCUCCCUCCUCCGACUCUCCGCUCCCACUUCUCAUUGGUCCUGAGGAUCCCAUGGCAGGGAUGCUCGCCCUGUUGACAGCCAGCGAGAUGGCUCAGGCCGGCCGCCGCAGCCCGCCCGCCCCAACGCUCAUACCGCAGACCGAAGACCUUCCUUUGGGUGCAGACUGCUACAGCGCCGGACCCCUGGAGAUGGUGGCGUUGGAGGGGAUGGCACUGCUCAGCCAGAUGGCCCAGCGAGAGAGAGAGAGCAUCAGCCUGGAGCAAGAUUUGGCAUUAGAGGGUCUGGAUUGUCUUCUUGAAGCAAGUAGACAAAUUCUGUUGGAGGCCAUAGAGAAACAAUCCCACAUUGAUCUGCCCAGAACGCUGGACCCCAACAAGAAGUACAGCUGGAGGCAGAGGAAGGAGGAGCCGCAACUGUUCAGUAAAAUGUCUCUGGACGUGUUGGACGCAGUGGAAGUGGAAUACCGCGUUAGCCUGGCCGAGCUGCAGAAGACAUAUAAGGAGAAGCAGAGAGAGAUGAGCAAGCUGCAGAGACGCAGAGACAAGCGUGAGCGGCAGCAGCAGGAGGAUGAGAGGCGGAGUCUGACCCGACGGGGCAGAGGACGACCCAGAAAGAGGAAACACUUGGCCACGCCUCCCAAACUGGACAGCAGGCCUGGAAAGGUGGGUAGGACGGUGCAAUACUCUGAGGAUUCUGAAGCUGGCGAAGGGCAGAGGAAGAAGUUUCGGGUGUCCAGAGAAGAAGAGGAGACAGAGGUGGGAAGUGGAGGAGUGAAGAUGAAAAAGAAGAAAAAGAAAAAGAAGAGCUGGAACGACCAGGAGCCGUCCACGAGUCACCCUCUGGAGGUGUUGAAGGCGAAGCGCGGCCACGUGUGCGAACAGGAGCAGCUGGCGUCGGACUUGGACAGGGCGCUCUCGCUCUCGCAGCUCAGCUCGCUCGGCACGCCUCACAAGCUCAGCUCCAACUCGAAGGCGGACCGGCCGAAGGGCAAGUCCGCCGAGAGUCGGAUGAAGGAGCGAGGCGUCCACUCGUCCGCCAAAGGUGGGAAACACAAGAUGGCCGCCAAGGCUUCGGCUUCAGAGACCGUGCGGAAGGUGAAAGGUCAGAAGAAGGCCUCUUUGUUCUCUCCCAUGAGAUCAGAGCUCAGCAGCUGCUCCAACAACUCCGAUUCAGAGGAGCACAAUUCUGCUCGAGGGGGCUGGCCCCCUCUCUCAGGGACACGUUCCCACGGCAACCUGACCAGGAAGAGGCGGUCCGCGUCGUCGCCGACAUCCCUGCUUUCCAGUCAGAAGUCUCAGAAGAAGAAACACAAGCACUUAUCCCUGCUGCUGGAGGAAGCGGGCCUCAGCUCCUCCGACGACUCCUUCGACCAAGAAACCUCUGAGGACGAUGAUGAGGAUGAAGACAACGAGGAGGAGUCCGAUUCGGAGGACGGUGGCUGCGAGGAGAGCGGUCUGGGUAUGUUGGCCAGGUUUGCGGCUAGUGCGCUCCCUGUCAGCUCUGCACCUUUGAGCCUCCUCCAUGACGGCAAACACCGCAGCAGGCAAAGCACUCUGGGUUCGUCAGAGUGCGAGUGGUCAGACUCUGGCUCGGACCUGCGGCUGAGAAAGUUCCCGUCUCUGCUGCACGGCAAACGCUCGGCCCCUGAGCUCCCUUUGUUGCCCCCAGCAACCCGCCGCAUCGACCAGACCAGCCCCACCAAGCGAGAUGAAACGCUGCCGGUCAAACAAAAGCCUCUGACCAAACCGCGCCCCUCUCCCCGGUCGCCUCGGAGAUUCAGCUUCGACCUCGCCAGCAGCUCCGGGUUCGGGGGCUUCAGCGAAGACGAGGGCUGGAACCGACGACGCAGCGAGAGGAUAUUCCUCCACGACGCCACCACCUCAGCCAGUCAGAUGCCCGUGUCAACCUCUGCUUCCACCAGUCAGAGCUCCACCUCCUCUUCCUCCUCCUCCUCCAGCUCAGCCCCUCCUCUCACCCCAAAGCCCACCUCUAGACCCAAACCCACUCCGCCCAGCAGAGAGGUGAAAGAUUUGGUGAAAAAAAAGAAGCUGAAGGACUCUCCUCUGCCUGUGAGCCCGUCCACUCUGUGCAGUCCAAUCACAGACAGCCCCGUGUCUCUGAGCCUUAGCCCGGCACGCAAGAGCCAACCGAAAGCCAAGACCAAGGCCAGAGAGCCUUCCAGGGGAGCGGUGAGCCGUCUGAUGGAGAGCAUGGCGGCGGACGAAGAUUUUGAGCCCAACCAGGACAGCAGCUUCAGCGAAGACGAGCUCCUCCCGCCGCGCAGCAACAGCGUAUCGGAGAGGUCCUCGACACCUGCUCCAGUGCAGUGUGUGCUGGAUAAAGACUCUCUGGUGGACGGACUCAGAGUUUUGAUCCCGAUGGACGACCAGCUUCUGUACGCGGGACAUGUGAACACUGUACACUCACCUGACAUAUACAGCGUGGUGGUGGAGGGCGAGAGAGGGAACCGACCACACAUCUACUGCUUGGAACAACUGCUGCAGGAGGCUAUCAUCGAUGUGAAGCCUCCAUCCGUGCGCUAUCUCCCAGAGGGCACCCGCAUCGCUGCAUACUGGAGCCAGCAGUACCGCUGCCUUUACCCCGGCACCGUCGUCAACGGAAGUUCAGAUGUGGACGAGAACGAUGAUCUCAUCACGGUGGAGUUCGACGAUGGCGACACGGGCCGCAUCCCUCUCUCCCACAUCAGACUGCUGCCGCCAGACUACAAGAUCCACUGCGCUGAGCCGUCCCCUGCUCUGCUCGUGGCCAGCUGCUCCAGGAGGAGAGUCCGCAAAUGCAGCAAAGAGGGCAAAGAGGCAGGAACCAAGCCAGAGGAGACUCCUAAGAUCAAAGGAAAACCUGGACGCAAACCCAAACCCAAACCAGAGACCUCCGCGAACCCAGAUGGCCGAGACAAAGCUGAUCCUCCGUCUUCCUCCGCCCAGCCCUCGGAGAGACCCCAGGCUGCCACCAAACCCGCUCAGGACAGGACUUCCUCGGUCCAGAAAGUGGCUCAAGAGAAACCCCGUCCUGCGUCCCGCCCAUCAAUGGGAACCCAGGCGAAACCGGGCCGCAAGAGCUCCACCACGUCCCCCGCAAGCAGCCCCACCCUCCCCUCUCCUGUCCCUAGGAAGAGCACUUCAGUCCAGUCUCCUGCUCCUAAACCAGCCCGCACCCUCGCUCCCUCUCUGUACCCCUCCACCUAUGGGAAGGUCCUGACUGUGGACCUGUACAGCGAGCCCAACCUCAGCUCCUACAACAGCCAGCGCAGAGAGAGAGAGAACAACUGCAGCGUCAGUCCCACCACCAGCAGACCCAUGUCCAGACCCGGUAUGACAUCAUCUACUACACCAAAACCCAACGCUUCAUCUACGCCGAGACCCUCAUCUGCCUCCACCUCCAAAAACAAAUCCUCCUCAGACCAUCACAGCAGCUCCAGACCCAGCCUCAGCUCCGGACUCAUACCCAGCCCCAUCUCCAGGAUGUCGACAAGCAAAUCCGGCUCUUCUCUGACCCCCAGACCGUCAUCGUCGUCGUCACUCUCAUCGUCAUCAUCUGCCUCCAGGCCCAAACUAAAGAUGCCGUCCGACCAGCUGUCCUCUAGAUCCAGCUCCAUCUCCAGGCCCAAGUCCAGCUCGGGGCAGAGUGACAUCGGCUCCGUGGUGAGACGGAAGCCUCCGUCCGCAGAGCCCCUCGUGAAGCUCGACCACGAAGGCGUGACAUCUCCGAAAACCAAGAAGACCAAGGCUCUGAUGUUGCUGGAGGGUCGAGGGGUCCGGCGAGAUCACACCCCCAUCGCCACGCCCACGUCAGCGUCCAAUCAAAAGCUGCUGAAAGCUAAGCCGAGAGCUCCGGACAGAGAGACCGGCCUGCCAGAGAAAGACUACAAAGCAUCGAUGGCGGCUAAAGAGAAAGCGGAAAACCGCGGGAGUGGCGGUAGAGGGCAGGAGGUGGACACGAGGGAGGAGAAGGGUAAGAAAGAGGAGAGAAAGGAGGUGGAGAAGAGAGAGAAGAGAAAGAUGAAAGUGGAGUCUCAGAGCAGCAGCAGCUCAGAGUCGGAGGAAGAAGCGGAGAAAGGGAAAAUGAAGCAAAAGAAGAAAUGCACCUCCAGCUGCUCUUCCUCUUCUUCAUCCUGCUCUGGUUCCUCCUCGUCCUCUUCGUCGUCCUCGUCUUCAUCGUCGUCGUCAUCCACCGAUGACUCGUCCUGCAGCUCAGAUGAAGAGAGGACCCCUACUCCUCCGCCGGGCCCCGUCUCACUGCCUCCGGCACAAGACAAGCCGAAGGAGGAGACGAAAGAAGACAACGACGAUGAAGAAGAAGAAGAGGAGGAAGAAGAGGAGGUGAAAAAGGAGGUGGAUGUAAAAGUGGAGGAAGAUGAAGAAGAAGAUGAAGAAGAAGAAGAAGAGACGUCUCCUCUCUCUAGAUCUCCCUCUCCUUCGACAUCCCCGACUCCUGCUGCUCCUGCUCCGGCCAAACCUGCUAAACCAGCCACCGGGAAGGGCUCCGGGCAAAGGGGUCGCCCUCCGAAACCCAAGCCCAGCGGAGGAGAGGGGAAGGUGGGGAGACCGAAGCGGAGAGAAGGGGUUCACCUCCCUACGACCAAGGAGCUGGCCAAACGCCAGAGGCUUCCCAGUGUGGAGAACAGGCCCAAAAUUUCAGCUUUCCUCCCAGCCAGACAGCUCUGGAAGUGGUUUGGGAAACCCACUCAGAGACGUGGUAUGAAGGGCAAGGCCAAGAAGCUUUUCUACAAAGCCAUUGUACGCGGCAGAGAGAUGAUCCGCAUCGGUGACUGUGCCGUGUUCCUGUCGGCCGGGCGGCCCAACCUGCCCUUCAUCGGCCGUAUCCAGAGCAUGUGGGAGUCCUGGGGCAGCAACAUGGUGGUCAGGGUCAACUGGUUCUAUCAUCCAGAGGAGACAAACCCCGGCAAGAAACUCACUGACAAGAAGAACUGGGAUCAGAUGUGUGGCCAGUCUUUACCAGCAGCUCUGCAAUCCUCUAUUCAGAGGAAAGACUUCAUGGAGCGAGCCCUGUACCAGUCGUCCCACAGCGACGAGAACGACGUGCAGACGGUCAGUCACAAGUGCCUGGUGGUGAGCGUGGAGGAGUACGAGCAGAUGACCCACACGCGCCGCUACGCCGACAGCGAAGACCUCUACUACCUGGCCGGCACCUACGAACCCACUACGGGCAUGAUCUUCAACACCGACGGAGUCCCGGUCAUCUGCUGAAACCACCGAACUCCAAACCCAGCCCAGAGAGCCUCUCCGGAAAAAACCAAAAUAGUGACACGACACGACGACUUUUCAGACCGCGCUCGGAGUCAAAGCCGACACGCGGUUCUUCCCCAUCCCUCAUCCCCCUCCCCCCCAAGUCUAAUCACUGCUCUUCACUCAUGAUGGAUCUUUCACCCACCAUGACUCUAACAGCAUGAUACACUUCAAACAGACUGUCAUGAACAGCUACUACUACAGAGACGGGAGACACUACAGACAGUAUUAUAAAGGAACCUGAACGUCUCCUGAAACAUUUGCACACACAGACUCCAUUUCAACACAAAGACUGUUAAAUGUGCUCGUGUUCACGGGAAAGAUUCAGAGCACACGUGAGCACUUCAGUCUCCUUUUUACAUGGAAAUAUAACCGGCAUAAAAAAAACACGUGUACACCCACACCUGCACAGACACAUGUAAAUACUCACCCCUCCCCCACGUAACACACACACACACACACACACACACUUAUAUAGAGGAAAAUAUGAGUGUUUUAUUUUCAUGUAAUAGAUUUAUGUCAGAGUACUUUUUACUAAAGAGGUAACAGUCGAGAAGCUUUAAUGAACUGUGAAUGAUGAUACAGGAGAGAGGCCGGCGUUGCGUGCGCGCCAGGAGAUGUGAUGUUGUGAUUAUGAUGUUGCCGUGGUGAUGUUACAGUCAUGUUACAGUCAUAUAAAAAAAAAAGUCAUGUUACAGUCAUAUAAAUGUAUCUACAGAACAGCAGGAGCGACAGACGCAUAGAGAGAAAGAGACGCACAGAGAAAAGAGAGAGUGAGAGGGGUAGAGACUCCUUCCGUUGCUGUCCAACAUAGAGCACUUAAAAAAAAAAAGAAAACACUUAAAGUCUAUCCUCCUUUAAUUUAACCCCCUACCCCCCUCCUCAAUUCCCCUUGACAAUCCUAACCUCGGGGAGGCAGCCUGUCCGUGCGCUACUAAAACUUCUGACUCCCUCAGAGACUCAGGCUAAAGAGAGAGGAAGGAAUCUUGUACUAUUUAAAAGCACUUCCCAUUUUCAUCUUUGAGUUCCUUCUCUUAAAGGAAAAAUCCACCCUAAAAAAAACACUUAAACACUAUGAUUUAAAAAAAAAAAAAAAAAAAAAAGAUGAUGCUGUUGAUGAGUCUUGUGAUUUGUCCGUUUUGCACUGAGGUCGAACAACUAUACAGAGAAAAAUAGACCCUAGAGUUUUUUCACCUGGCAGAAGCAUCAAUAUGAAGAUUCUGGAUGGUGUUGAAAAGCAUUCUGGGAAAUGUACAGACAGUUUUUGACAGAUAAUACAUCACUUCAUCACAAACUAACUCCAGUAACACAAGCUGAUAUAUUAACAGUGAAGGUGGAUUUUUCCUUUCUCUUUAAAAAAAAAAGGUGUUUUCAGGGUUGUAAACGCUGCAGUCGAGUCUAAGACGCAUCAAGGUGGUGGCACCGAUGCUCAGUAUGAAUCUGCCAGCACUGAUUAAAUCAGUAUCAUUCAAUUUUAACAGUCUUCUUUCACAGUUUGGCUGCAGUGUUUGCAACCUUUGUGUCCUGUGUUAAUGUUAUUUUGUUUUUUCUCUUUUGCUUCUGCUGUUUUAUGGACGUUACCCCCCCCCCCCCCCCUUUUGAUCACAUUUCUACCCUCCAAGCGAUCAGUUGUAUUUGACAUGAGUGCACUUUGAAUAAGCUCCGCUGCAGAGGAGACUCUGCGACUGGGAGGUCUCCUACGUCUUCCUAGAGUAUUUACUUAAAAAACCCUUCCUCCCAUCGCGUUCGCCGCCUCUCCUCUGCACACCAGCGAUGCCCUCCCCUCCCACCGUAGACGCAGAGAAACAGACCACGUCCCUUUUUCACGCGUUCUGCUUUUUCGGCUUUCUUUUAGCUGCUUAUGAAAUGGUUUCUAUGUGCCUAGUUUGACCGUUUUCAAUUUUUUAUAGGGUGAGACUGUUGAAUGUUGUGCUCAGGGUUGUGAGCGUUUUGGGGCGGCCUUACUCUCCCAGGCCUUAUGAUGAUGAUUCGCCAAAUCUCUCUUAGGUCCCGCCCUCCUAGCCCCCACCAUUAUAAAGGUGCCAAGGAGGAAUCUGAUUGGUAUUCUACCCAGUCUGCUGACGUGGGGAAACACCUGUCUUGAUUUGUAGUUAAAAUAAGCCCCGGUAUAUUGUGUAUAGUGCGUGUAUCAGAUAUAUCAGCAUCUAUAUGCAGUAUGUGCUGUAUGUAGUAUACUCUAUAUCUGUGAAUUAUCAUGUUGAUUUUACUUGUAUGUUUCUUACCAUGUUGCCCUCUCUCUGCCUCGCCGCAGAGAUUGCAGAUUGUCUUGUUGAUAUUCAAUAGGUUUAAUAUUUUCUACUCUCUCUCGAGAUCUUUUGGUUUUGUCAGAUUUUUUUAAAUUUUUUUAUUAUUUCUACUCACUCUGAGGUGGCCGAGUGACAUCUGGAGGACAACCCCGAGAUGUUAAUGUCACGUUUUCCCGCUAAAUGACAACAACAACAAAAAGGAUCAGUGUAGUAGUAAAGUUUGUUAAUGUGCUGCUAGUCUGUUAAUACUGAAAGCCCGUUUUUAAAGAGGUUUGACCAGGUACAGAGUCACUAUGUGUACUGUUGUCUGAAGAUUUUUUGUGUAGAUUUGCAACCUUGAAUGAAUCGAUCGAUCAACUGAUGCCAGAGAAUUUUAUCUUUUAAACUCCCCCAAUUCCCCCCCCACCCAGCCUGCUCCUCCAGCUGCUGCUGCUGCUUUUUACGUCCCCUCGGGCCGACACCCGACAGACGAUCCCUCCCGGAAAUUCACUUUUCCUGCAGACAAAAAAGUUCAAAAGUUUUGACUGACAGCCAGCCAAAACGGAUCCCUCGGUGUACACAGGUCGUACAGGUGUCUGCAGAGUGAAACAAGUUAAAGUGCCCGUUAUGAAUGUUUGUUUACCCCUGGAGCUGCUAAAGCACUUUUUUUCUGUGUGUGUGUGUGCGUUUAUGUGUGUGUGGGUGUGUGAGGGAAACUGAUAAGACAUCACACUCUCAUCCCUUGGUAUUACCACAUACACACACACACACACACACACACACACACACUUCCACACCUUUGUAACCCUUGAAGGUGUGUGUUAUUGCCUUCCAAUCACUAUUUGCCCCCCCCCCCCCCUAUAUCUCCAUCCAAAGCCCAGCCUUAGGCCUUCUUACAGGGUCCAACACACACACACAAACACACACACACACUUAUUCCCCAUUUCGCCUUCAUUUUCUUUUCGUGUCAUGCGUUAUAAAAACCUGGCUUUAUGUUCUUUUUAUCACCGUUUGUGUUUUUUUGUCGAUUUUGCUGUGAUUUUCUUAAUAUACAUCUCUGUACUUUUUUUUUUUGUUUUUGUUUGCAUGUUUCUGUCAUUUUUUUCCCCUUGCUUCCCCUCUCUGAACAAUUGUCCACGCCUCUUAAGCAAUACUGCUGAAAGGCACUGGGAGCUAGCUGCUAGAGAGAGAGAGAGGAUUGGGAGAGAGAGCAAAAGAGAGAAUGAGAAAGAGAGAGAGAGAGAGAGAGGUGGACUGGAGGCUGGUUCUUCGUCUGCUGUUCCUUCAGUAUCGUUAUCGUCCUGUUACAGACACACACACGAAAGAAAGAAAGAAAAAAAAAAAGAUUAUUUUGAAAAUAGAAAAAUCAUCUAAGUUUUGUAAAUGAUCCUUCACUGUCGAGGGGAGAAAAAGCUAUCAGAAUAUACUUUGUACACAUGUCUAAUCUUGUAAAAAAUGCAAAAGAAUACAUUUUAGAAAUAAAUCUGAAACCAGAUAUAUUCUGUCGCUC